CCUUGAAAAAUAUAACAUAACAAACCUUUUUAUAGCUUUAAUUUAGUUUAAUUGCUUACUUUUUAAGGACUAUUUGUAAUCGUUCCAGCCUCCGCCCAGUGUGCUCUUCGGUCACAUAUUUUCAUUAUUUUGACUUCUGAGAACAACGCAAAAUCUUCAUUAAUCUAAUCAUCUUGUGGAGAAAGCAGGUAACAAGUCAAAAUGGCAAAAAGAAUCACCCAAGAAACCUUUGAUGCUGUUGUGAAGGAGAAUAUGGAAGACUUUGACAUGGAAGAGGAGGAAGCCAUAGAAGAUGCUGUGAAACAAUUUGAAUCUCAGGGUGUGAACUUGGCCAACAUUGUCAGAGAUCUUUACACAAGGCAAAAGGUGGGAGGUGCAGACAACUCUGUUCAUCAGGCAAUUGAUGCUGUGAAAAACAUUUCUUGUGAACUAGAAAAGGAUGUUCCAGACACAGACAUUUUAUCAGGAGAGUUAGAAAAACUAAAAUUGGAAUGUGACAUCGAUCUUGCUCACCGUUGUUUAGCGGGGACGAAUGGUGCCUAUCCUGCAUUAUACAGCAUGGUGGAAAGGUAUCGGAGUGAUAAUAAGAUGCUAGUGAAAUGCCUACAGACUUUGUGCUCACUUUGUAAUGGGCAGCCUGAUCUCUUGGACCAGAAUGGAGUAUGCUUGAUGAUGGAGUUACUGGAAAACAAGAAGGCUGACAUUGAGUGUUCCACCUUGAUUGUGCGGUUCAUAAGAUACUGCUGUAUUAUGCAUGAGUCGAACAGACAAGCAUUUGUGAAAGUGAAACUGAUUCCAACAUUAAUGGACUGUUUGUGGGAACACAGGUCAUGUGGUGACAUGGUGAAGGAAGCAUGCAUCCUGCUUAGGGUGUUGACGUUUGAUGAUGAUGUGCGGGUACCCUUUGGACAAGGUCACGAACACGCCAAGAAGAUAGUGACAGAAUCUGCGGCAUUGAGGACAAUCAUAGAAAUUAGUCAGGAUUAUGUGUCAAACACCAGUGUUCUAGGAGAACUCUUCUCUACUCUUGGUAAACUGUCAGUGAGAGAUGAAUUCUGUCAGGAAAUAAUGGAUUUGGGUGGUCUUGCUUUAAUCUUGAAAUCAAUGGAAGCCAACAUAGCACAUAUGUCGAUAGUGAAACAACUACUUGGUGUCAUCAAAGCUGUGGCAGGCAAUGACAACGUCAAGGUGGCCAUCGCCAAGGAAAAUGGAUUUGAGCUCAUCUUGGGAGCUAUGAGCAAACACAUGAGUCAGGAAAAGGUGUGCGAGUUAGGGUGCGCAGCAAUAGCAGCGAUCAUCCUGAGACAACCCAAGCACUGCCAGAGAGUCAUGGAUGCCAAUGGUGCCGCUGUCAUCAUCCAAGCAAUGAAUGUCCACAAGAAGUCUGAUGGCGUUCAACAACAGGCAUGUAUGGCAUUACGAAAUAUGGUGGCACGGACCAGGGAUUACUGUGACCAAAUACUUGCUCUUGGUGCAGAGGACUUGAUCAACCAUGCUCGCAUUAAUUUCCCUAAGUGUGAGGACACUGCAAAAGCUGCCCUUCGUGAUCUUGGCUGUAAAGUAGAACUAAGGGAGCUCUGGAAAGGAGAAAAACCAAUCAUGCAUUCAUAGAAUUCAACCUGGAAAAGACUGUUAACAUUUCAACUGAACAUUUUGGACAUUCCUGGAUCAAACAAACAAAUCCUAAAGUAUGCUUGAACUGCAGUAUGGUGGUUAAUUCACCUCAAUAUUAUUUUCCAUGGCAUCUGCCAGGCACUGUCCAGAGGAGGCGGCUCCUUAUUAGUUGGAAGGCCUUCCAUGAACACACAAGAUGAGAUCUCGGCCAGUUGAUUCUCCACGUUGGUCAUUAACUACCAGUGUGCUACUUCCAUCAAUUCAAGUGUGUAUUUUCCUUAUUGAAGAGAAAAUAAGUAAUUGUAUGUUGUGUUAUGUUUUUGAUAAAACUAGGUUUAUUUCAAAAUAGGAUUAUUUAUUUCAAUAAAAAUGAUUUUUGAUAAUAGUA